AUGACCCGUCCAGCUUCAUCCGACAGCGACGAGGAGGAAGUAUUCCACGAUGCGCGCUACCCCUCGGACGAAGAAGCCGACCUCUUAAACCAAUCCAAUACCCAUAAGUCCGAGGCGAACAAGCUGUUCUCCUCUGCCCGCUACUCGGAAGCCGUCACAACCUACGACCGCGCCCUCUCCUUCUGCCCCAACUAUCUAGACUACGAAAUCGCCGUCCUCCGCAGCAACAUUGCCGCAUGCCAUCUGAAACUGGAAGAUUGGAAAGCUGCUGUCGAAGCAGCCACAGCCAGUAUUGAUCGGCUGGAUAAAGCACUGUCAUCGCACCUACAAGGGGAAACGGCAUCUGGGGGGAGAGCUAGCGAUGGGACUGUGGACAAUAAUAAAGUGGUGGAACUGCUCGAUGGGGACGGGGACGGAGAGUCCGAAGAGGCACAGCUCAAGAAACUCCAGGAGGACGAUAAAAGGAAGGAAGAUAUCCAGCGCAUACGUGCCAAGGCGCUCAUGAGGCGGGCUCGGGCUAAGAUGCAGCUGGGAGGGUGGGCCAAUCUGCAGGGGGCUGAAGAGGAUUACAAGGCCUUGCUUGGAAUGGGGAAUCUGCCGGCGCAGGAUGAGCGGAUUGUGCGAAAAGCGCUGAGGGAGCUGCCUGGCUUGAUUAAUGCUGCGCGAGAGAAGGAGGUUGCGGAUAUGAUGGGCAAGCUUAAGGAUCUUGGGAAUGGGAUCUUGAAACCCUUCGGACUGUCAACGGAUAAUUUCAAGUUCGUGAAGGACGAGAAGUCUGGCGGUUAUAACAUGUCAUUUGAGAAAUAA